AUGCGGUCCUUUUUAAAAAGGUUUAUUGGGGCACCCAAAGCCCGUCUCACAAUUCGACCAGCGUGCGACUUCGUCUUUCUUUUCGGGAGUGGAGAGGAAGCCCGUGGGCAGUAUCUUCGGGGUAAAUUGAUUUUGUUCGAGCCAAAUGGCGAGAGUAUUUUGGGGGUUCGAUUACGAAUGACGGGACGCAUCUUGCUUGGAGAUCAUCAAGCAGACACAGACGAAUCCGCCAAGUGGCUUUCUAAGGAAUUAUUUUUCCAUCAGUGGGAGCCCUUUCUGACCGAAGACCAAAUCAGCCGGACGUGUGCAAAUGGCCGGACAUACGAGUGGCCUUUUGAGCUCUUCAUCGAUGGAAAUCAAGAAGAGUCUUUCCGGGGAUGCAGCCGGUGCAGCCUUAAUUACAGGUUGGAGGCCUCGGCUUUCAGCGAAGACAAUUCUAACAGCUCCUGGGACUUUGCACCUAUCCGCAUCAUUCGUUGCCCGGCGCUGUCUGCAUACGAGCUAAUAGAUCCCAUAACAACACAUGGGAAGUGGGCUGGGAAAGUCGAGUACAACGUAUCGAUGGCUCACCAGGCGAUUGCUCUCGGGGGAUUGAUUCCUGUGGAUGCCCAGCUUGCAAAACUCGAGCCCGGAGUCCAAGUCGUCAAGGCUAGGUUCUUCUUGCGCGAAGUGCACUCAUUACAAGACGAAACUGUUCCAGGCCGGCUGGCUUAUGAAGGACAGCGUACUGUAAUGGAAUGGCCAUUGACGAUACACGACACACGAGGUCAGAUGCAUUCCUGGCAGCAGUGCCUUGACCUACCAAGGAUCGUCAGGAAGUGUUCUCCCGACUUGAGCGCCUGCAUGAUUUCGAUAAGUCACACAUUGUAUUUUGCGGUGACCUUGAUGCAAAGUAAUGGCACCGUAUCGGAGUAUGAAUCCUCGAUACCAAUUAUUCUAUUCGUUUCACCAGAGUUACCGGUCAAUGGCUGGGGCAUCUUUGUGCAGGAGAAUCAGAACUUCACCAGCAACGCGCUGGACAUACUCGCCGAAGGACUUCAUGUUCCACCCAAGUAUUGUAUAGACGAGAAGAGAACGGGAGACUACGAGAGCAUCCCUGAGAUCGCUCCGCCACCCUAUUGCGAACAUUGA